GUUCCGACCUCGUGCACAGCUAUAGCUUUAACCUAGCUAUUGCCCCUGCCGCCAUUUCUGGCUGUCUCUAGUUUCACUUUACUCCCUUUCAUCUUUCCAUCACCAUCGUUUUCUUACUCCCAGAAGCUUAUCCCUGCUCAUGGCAGAUUCAAUCGACAACGAGAGCAGGUCCGUGUCGCGGGGACGCGAUUCGUUUCAUUCUUCAGGUAGAGGUGGUAUAGGCAACAUUCGGCGCUCUUCCAUCUCAAGCGAUCCUCGCCCUACUGAUAGUCCCGAUGAUUUUGCUUCGACCCGUGGGCGGGAGCAAGCCGUGCACCCUGACAGGAUGUUCUCGGUGGGCAGGGGUGGAGCGGGUAACAUUCGCACUCCCUCUCAGGAUGUGGGAAAAGAUCACCCCCAGACUGUAACUAUCCUCAACGAGCACGCUGCGGUACAGGCAGAAUACGAACAGCAGGUCAAGAAGCACCACGCUGAAUCCAACCCGAUCCAUUCCUCUGGAAGAGGCGGUAUUGGUAACAUAUCGGGCUCGCGCUCUCGCUCUCGUGGUCCUGUAUUUCACUCCACAGGACGAGGCGGUGCAGGGAAUCUUCAAUAUGGAGCUGCCACCGUCGACGCCAUGGACGAAGAAGAAAGAAGGAGGCAUGUUCAUGCUCAAGCGAGACACUCGGUUGGCCGAGGCGGAGCUGCAAACCUUACGGAUGUGCACUCGCCUGAUAUUGAACGUGUAAUCCAUCAUCAGAGCGAAUUUGAGUCCUCUGGGCGCGGCGGAGCUGGGAAUAUACGCUCCCGCUCCGCGUCGCGCGACCCAAGUGGAAGGGCUCCUUCCCGCGAUCCCAAGGAGAAACACGGCAUCGCCGCUCUUUGGAGCAAGGUAUCUCACCCCUCCAACCCCGGCUCUGGCUCUGGGGAUGCUGCGUCCCGGGAAGAAUGACUUCUGCUUGAGCGUCUCCGCCCCGUCCCCCGUUUUCCUUCUUCCCCGUCCUCAUCCCCAGUUCCUUACACUCUCAUGCGGAGGCGCUCAAAUCUUGUUGACAUCC